GUGGAGACCUUCAGUCUCGCUUUAUUUCUGGAUAUUGGGGGACCUCUCUACCAUGUCAUAUCCACAAUUUGGAUAUCCCUACUCGUCUGCUCCACAAUUCCUGAUGACAACCAACUCUCUGACCACUUGCUGCGAGUCCACCGGCAGAUCCAUAGCCGACUCCGGAGUAGCGGGGUCCGGACAGACACCAGUCUACUGUCCCGUGUACGAGAGCCGGCUGCUGGCCACAGCGAGGCAUGAACUGAGCUCAGCCGCGGCUCUGGGUGUGUACGGGAGCCCCUACACCGGCGGCCAAGGCUAUGGGAAUUACGUUACAUACGGCACGGACGCUUCGGCUUUCUACUCGCUGGGUACAUUUGAUACUAAAGAUGCCACAGCUUCUGCGCAUGCGGGAAUAACGCAGGCAACAGCCUACUACCCUUAUGAUCCUACCCUGGGACAGUAUCAGUAUGACAGAUAUGGUUCCAUGGACGGGGGAACGAGGCGAAAGAACGCCACGCGCGAGACCACCAGCACGCUGAAGGCCUGGCUGCAGGAGCACAGGAAGAACCCGUACCCGACUAAAGGGGAGAAGAUCAUGCUGGCCAUCAUCACCAAGAUGACCCUGACGCAGGUCUCCACAUGGUUCGCCAACGCCAGGAGGAGGCUCAAGAAGGAGAACAAGAUGACGUGGCCGCCCAGAAACAAGGGCUCGGAGGAGAAAAGAUACGACGACGACGAGGACGGCUCUCAGGAGGAGCAGAUAAAAAGCGAGAACAAUGACGAUGAGACCAGGAGUCGGCCUGAUAAGGACCUCCAGCUGAGCGACCUGGAGGAUUUCGACACGCUGGAGUCGGAGAGCUCCGAGUGCGAGCUGAAGCACCGAUACCACAUGAACACGCACAUGUCCACGACGACGACCGACUGUCCCGCCGAGCACCUCAUCAAGGACGCGUCCCUGAAGAUCCCCAUCCCGGUCUCCCUCGGAGGGGAGCAGGACUUGAGCAAAAGUUGCCUCAAAACGAACCCGGAGGAUUUCCAGGCGGACAGCAGACAGAAGGCGUGUUAUAAUCAGCAGCAGCAAGGAGGGCACCAGAUACUAGACGGUAAACCUCGGAUCUGGUCUUUGGCGCAAACCGCGACGUCCCUCAACCAGACUGAGUAUCCGUCCUGCAUGCUGAGGUGCCAGCCGCCGCCCUCCUCCCUCACCCCGUCCCCCGCCGCUACCUCACCCGUGACCGGCCUGGACAACAGGCAGGACUCGCCGGUCACGACCCUGAGAAACUGGGUGGACGGGGUUUUCCACGACCCCUUGUUCAGGCACAGCACUUUGAGCCAGGCUCUGACCAACACCACCGUCUCUUGGACCACGAACACCAAAGGCGCCAUUCUGGAGGCGGAGAGGAGCGCGGCGGCCUUGCAGCAGCAGCAGCAGCAGCAGCACCGCAGGAAAUGGGCUCCCCCUGAAAACAUCUCCAAAUCUAAAAGCUUUAUCGACCUGGCAAACCUCAGCUGA